CCUAAUAUCUAAAAAAUAAAGAUGCUAAACAGACUUGGCACGAAGAAACUUAUGACUCAAGCUAGAAGCUUCAGCUCAAUCAUUGGAAUUGAUCUGGGAACUACUAACUCAUGCGUAGCAGUGAUGGAAGGAUCUAACCCAAGAGUUAUCGAAAAUGCUGAAGGUGCAAGAACCACUCCUUCUUAUGUUGCUUUCACUGAUGAUGGGCAAAGACUUGUCGGACUCCCAGCUAAGAGACAGGCUGUAACCAACCCAGAAAACACUUUGUUUGCAACUAAGAGACUCAUUGGAAGAAGAUUUAAUGAUGAGAACACCCAGAAGGAUCUUAAGCAUCUUCCUUACAAAGUUGUAAGAGCUAACAAUGGAGACGCCUGGGUUGAAGCUAAAGGACAAAAGUAUUCACCAUCCCAAGUUGGUGCUUUCAUUCUUGGAAAAAUGAGAGAGACUGCUGAAGCUUAUCUCGGAGAAUCGGCCAAACAAGCCGUUGUCACUGUUCCAGCCUAUUUCAAUGAUUCACAGAGACAGGCUACCAAGGAUGCUGGAAAAAUUGCUAAUUUAGACGUAAAGAGAAUCAUCAACGAGCCAACCGCAGCUGCUCUUGCUUUUGGACUCGAUAAGAGUGAUGGUAAAGUAAUUGCUGUCUACGAUCUCGGAGGUGGUACCUUCGAUAUCUCCUUGCUCGAGAUCUCAGGAGGAGUCUUUGAAGUUAAAUCAACCAACGGAGAUACUUCCUUGGGAGGAGAAGAUUUCGAUUUGAUUCUCCAAGAGUUCUUAGUUGCUGAGUUCAAAAGCCAGACCGGUGUGGACAUAGCAGGCGACAAGCUGGCCAUCCAGAGGAUCAAGGAAGCAGCAGAGAAGGCUAAAAUCGAGUUGUCAUCUACAUCACAGACUGAGGUCAACUUGCCAUACUUGUCUGCUGAUGCUUCAGGACCAAAGCAUUUGCAAGCUUCUAUCACUAGAGCUAAACUCGAAUCCUUGGCUGAAUCAUUGAUUUCUAGAACUUUAAAGCCAUUAGAGAAUGCUAUUAAAGAUUCAGGACUAUCUAAAUCAGAUGUUGAUGAUAUUUUGUUGGUUGGAGGUAUGACUCGUAUGCCAAAGGUUGUCGACACCGUCAAAAAUUUCUUUGAUGGAAAAGCCCCAUCAAAGGGUGUCAACCCAGAUGAAGCCGUCGCUAUUGGAGCUGCUAUCCAAGGUGCAGUUCUCACUGGAGAUGUCAAAGAUGUUCUCUUGCUGGAUGUAACUCCAUUAUCUUUGGGUAUUGAGACUCUUGGAGGAGUUUUCACCAGAUUAAUCCAAAGAAACACUACUAUCCCAACCAAGAAAUCCCAAGUAUUCUCUACUGCAGCUGACAAUCAAACAAAGGUAGGAAUUAAGGUCUUCCAAGGAGAAAGAGAAAUGGCUGUUGACAAUAAAUUGUUGGGAGAAUUCGAACUCGGAGGAAUCCCAAUGGCUCCAAGAGGACACCCACAGAUCGAAGUAUCUUUCGAUAUCGAUGCUUCAGGUAUUGUAAAUGUAUCUGCCAAGGACAAAUCUACUGGAAAGCAAUCUAAUGUCACUAUCAGAAGUUCAGGUGGACUCUCUGACUCUGACAUUGACAGAAUGGUCCAAGAAGCUGAGAACGCCAGAGAAAAGGAUGCUGCCAAGAAAGAAAUGAUUGAGGUAAAGAAUGAGGCUGACUCCAUGAUCUAUCAGACUGAGAAGCAAUUGUCUGAGCAUGCUGAUAAGAUCCCAGACAAUGUCAAGGAGCAAGUUAAUGGAGAUAUCUCUUCAUUAAACGAAGCUAUCACCACUGAAGAUGCUGAUGCUAUCAAAGAAGCUCUUGAGAGACUAAAGAACUCUUCCAUGGAGAUUGGAAAGUCUAUUUACUCUCAAUCUUCCUCCGAAGGUGAACAACAAGCUGAGCCAGAAGCUGAACAAAAAGAAGAAAAGAAGGAGUAA